AUGAUAGUGGAUCAGGAGAGCUCGGAGGUUCCCAGUGGUCAGUCUGCCCAGAAGCAUCAAACAGACCUGGACUCCAUAUUUAUGCUGCUGGAGGACAACAUCAUCACUUUUGUGAAGAACGAGCUGAAAAAGAUGCGGAAGGUUCUGAGUCCAGAUUACCCAGAAUGCAUAGAGAGUCAGCGGGAGGAUGAUGAGCAGAGGAGGAGCAGCAUAGAGGGAUUUGUGAAGAUCACAGUGGACUUCUUAAGGAGAAUGAAGCAGGAGGAGCUGGCUGACUGUCUGCAGAACAAACAUCUGGCUGAAGUUUGUCAACUUAACCAUAAAUCUGCUCUGAAGAAGAAGUUCCAGUGUGUGUUUGAGGGGAUCGCUAAAGCAGGAAACCCAACCCUCCUGAAUCAGAUCUACACAGAGCUCUACAUCACAGAGGGAGGGACUGCAGAGGUCAAUGAUGAACAUGAGGUCAGACAGAUUGAAACAGCAUCCAGGAAACCAGACAGACCAGAAACAACAAUCAGACAAGAGGACAUCUUUAAAGCCUCACCUGGAAGAGAUGAACCAAUCAGAACAGUGCUGACAAAAGGAUGGGCUGGCAUCGGGAAAACAGUCUUAACACAGAAAUACACCCUGGACUGGGCUGAAGACAAAGCCAACCAGGACAUCCAGUUCAUAUUUCCAUUCACUUUCAGAGAGCUGAAUGUGCUGAAAGAGGAAAAGUUCAGCUUGGUGGAACUUGUUCAUCACUUCUUUACUGAAACCAAAGAAGCAGGAAUCUGCAGCUUUGAAGACUUCCAGGUUGUGUUCAUCUUUGAUGGUCUGGAUGAGUGUCGACCUCCUCUGAACUUCCACAAAACUACAAUCCUAACUGACCCUAGAAAGUCCACCUCAGUGGAUGUGCUGCUGAUAAACCUGAUCAGGGGGAAACUGCUUCCCUCUGCUCAUCUCUGGAUAACCACACGACCUGCAGCAGCCAAUCAGAUCCCUCCACAGUGGCUUGGCAGGGUGACAGAGGUCAGAGGGUUCACUGACCCACAGAAGGAGGAGUACUUCAGGAAGAGAUUCAGAGAUGAGGAGCAGGCCAGCAGGAUCAUCUCCCACAUCAAGACAUCACGAAGCCUUCACAUCAUGUGCCACAUCCCAGUCUUCUGCUGGAUCACUGCUACAGUUCUGGAGGAUGUGCUGAAAACCAGAGCGGUAGGAGAGCUGCCCAAGAACCUGACUGAGAUGUACAUCCACUUCCUGGUGGUUCAGGCCAAAAUGAAGAAGGUUAAGUAUGAUGGAGGAGCUGAGCUAGAUCCACACUGGAGUCUGGAGAGCAGAAAGAUGAUUGAGUCUCUGGGAAAACUGGCCUUUGAUCAGCUGCAGACAGGAAACCUCAUCUUCUAUGAAUCAGACCUGACAGAGUGUGGCAUCGAUAUCAGAGCAGCCUCAGUGUACUCAGGAGUGUUCACACAGAUCUUUAAAGAGGAGAGAGGAUUGUACCAGGACAAGGUGUUCUGCUUCAUCCAUCUGAGUGUUCAGGAGUUUCUGGCUGCUCUUCAUGUCCAUCUGACCUUCAUCAACUCUGGACUCAAUCUGCUGGAAGAACAACAAACAACAUCCCAGAAUUCUGAAACAAAAGACUCUGCAGGGACUCUGUUCUACCAGACUGCUGUGGACAAGGCCUUACAGAGUUCAAAUGGAAACCUGGACUUGUUCCUGCGCUUCCUUCUGGGUCUUUCACUGCAGACCAAUCAGAAGCUCCUACGAGGCCUAUUGACAGAGACAGGAUGUAUUUCAGAAACCAAUCAGGAAACAGUCCAGUACAUCAAGAAGAAGCUUAAUGAGAAUCUGUCUGCAGAGAAAAGCAUUAAUCUGCUCCACUGUCUCAAUGAACUGAAUGAUCGUUCUCUAGUGGAGGAGAUCCAACAGUCCCUGAGAUCAGGAAGUCUCUCCACAGAUAAACCAUCUCCUGCUCAGUGGUCAGCUCUGGUCUUCAUCUUACUAUCAUCAGACGAAGAACUGGAAGCGUUUGACCUGAAGAAGUACUCUGCUUCAGAGGAGGCUUUUCAGAGGCUGCUUCCAGUGGUACAAGCCUCCAACAGAGCUCUACUGAAUGGCUGUAAUCUCUCAGAGAGGAGUUGUGAAACUCUGUCCUCAGUUGUGAGCUCUCAGUCCUCUAAUCUGAGACAGCUGGACCUGAGCAACAAUGACCUAAAGGAUUCAGGAGUGAAGGUUCUGUGUGUUGGAGUCGCAAGUCAACACUGCAAAAUAGAAACACUAAGACUUACUGACUGUAACCUGACAGAGACAAGCUGUGAAGAUCUGUCCUCAGUUGUGAGCUCCCAGUCCUCUUGUCUGAGAGAGUUGGACCUGAGUAAUAAUGACCUACAGGAUUCAGGAGUGAAACUUCUGUGUGUUGGAGUAGCAAAUCAACACUGCAAACUGGAAAUUCUAAGAGUGGAGCCUGCUGGAGUCCAGUGGUUGAGACCAGGUCUGAGGAAGUAUUCCUGUCAACUCACAAUCGACACAAACACAGUACACACAAACCUCAAAAUGUCUGACAACAACAGGAAGAUGACAUAUGUGAAGGCGGUUCAGUCAUAUCCUAAUCAUCCAGACAGAUUUGAUCUUUAUCCUCAGCUGCUGUGUAGAGAUGGUUUGAUUGGUCGCUGUUACUGGGAGGUUGAAUGGAGAGGAAGAGUUGAGAUAUCAGUGAGUUACAGAAGAAUCAGAAAGAAAGGACGAAGCUCUAACUGUUUGUUUGGAAGGAAUGAUCAUUCCUGGAGUCUGUUGUGCUCCGAUGAUCGUCCUCGUUCUGUCUGGCACAAUAACAGACAAACAUCCAUCUCCUCCUCCUCCUCCUCUGUCUCUAACAGAGUAGCAGUGUAUGUGGACUGUCCUGCUGGUACUCUGUCCUUCUACGGUAUCUCCUCUGACACUCUGAUCCACCUCCACACCUUCAACACCACAUUCACUGAACCUCUUUAUCCUGGGUUUAGAGUCUGGUCUGGAGGUUCGAUGUCUCUGUGUGCACUCCCUCCUGUUAGGGAAACACUCUGA